AUGAUGAGUACUGUACAUGUAAAUGAAACAAAUACUAAUGAAGAUCAUGUAAAUUCUCGUGAAGAACAUCGUCAACGUUAUCCAUCGACGAAUUCUUCAAGUGUUGAAAAACAAUUCCAUUCGACAAAUAAUAAUAAUAAUAAUAAUAAUGAGCGAUCAGGACAAAAUUCAAGAACAAGUUCGUUGGCAGAAUCAACAAUAGCACCAAUUAAUAAUGAAGGAUUUUCGAAUGUCGGAGAAAUUAUUCAACAUUUACAAACAGUUUGGUUUGAUCAUAAUAAUCAUGAUAAUGCUCGUCGAACAACAAAUCCUUCAACAAAUAAUACAAAUACAAAUGAAAUGAUACCACCACAUUAUUCCAAAGGUCAUUCUCAAUCCACAUCUUCAUCUCAACAACAUUAUACUCAUCAUCAAAGUAAUCAACAACAUAAUCAAUAUUCCGGACAACAAUAUUGGAAUAAUUAUAAUAAUAAUCCUCGUCGAUCGAGUGGUAAUGGAAAUUAUACACGAAAUUAUGGUGGAGGAAAUAAUGAACAAUAUUGGAAUCCAAAAUCUACUCGAUUUCCAUCACAUCGUUCAAUGAAUAAUCUUAUAACCAAUUCAGUUAAUUAUCAACAACAAUCUCAAUUAUCACCACCAGCUCAACGACGUCCAGGUGAGCAACCAUAUUACCAUAACGACCAACAAGUACAACAACAAUCUUCACAAUCAUAUUAUAAAAAAAAUCGUCCUGAUUAUGAUCGUCGUUCAAAUGGUUAUACAACUCAACAAUCAGUAGAUUAUUCUUCAAAUAAUACUACAUCUGAACAGUCGAAUAUAAAUUCAACACAGUCUUAUUCGAGUGGUGCAACAAAAACAGAAGGAGUUUUAAUCGAUGAUAAUGGAAAAUUAUAUGUUGCAUUACAAUCAGGACCUUCGAAUCCUUGGGUACUUGGAUUUGAUUGUGUAGGGAAAUUAUUAAAACAAUUAAUUGAUGAUAUACUUGCGAAAGGCGAAGUUAAAUGGGAUGAUAUAGUUUGUGUUGGUAUAAUAUUAAGUGGUGCUGGACAACUUGAAUCACAAGCAAAUGUACGUAAUGAACUUGAAUUACUUGGAAUGGAUACAAGUAAAAUUUCUGUUGGUGAAGAUUUAAUAGCACCAGUACCAAAUGGUGGGGUUGUAAUUAUAUCUGGAACAGGUUCUAACUGUGUAGUUUAUAAUCAAGAUGGUUCAAGUAAACGAGCCGGAGGAUGGGGUCAUUUAUUAGGUGACGAAGGAGGUGCAUACUGGAUUGCACAACGAGCAAUAAAACGUGUUUUUGAUCAUGAUGAUAAUUUAAAUUUAUCACGAUAUGAUUUAACAAGAUUAAGUAAUGAAAUAAAAGCAUACUUUAAAGUACAACAUAUCAGUCAAUUAUUAAAUUAUUUUUAUAAAAAUUUUCAAAAAGAUUUCAUUGCACGUUUUACAAAAGUGAUUGCUGAAUUGGCACUCUAUGAUAAUGAUGAAGCAAGUCAGGAAUUAUUUAAAGAAGCUGGUUAUAUGUUAGGUGCACAUCUUCGAGCUAUUUCAACUUAUAUUGAAACAAGAUUAUAUGAACAAGGAAAAUUACAAGUUGUAGCUGUUGGUUCAGUUUUUCGUAGUUGGAAAUUUUUGAAACCAGGUUUUAUGGAUGCGAUUUCAAAUGGAAAUUCAUUACCAUUUAAUAAAAUUGAAUUGGUUCAACUAACCGCUCCCGGAGCAAUUGGUGCUGCUAUAUGGGCUGUACGACGACAAGGCCAUCGGCCGACAAAUAUUGAUUUCAAUAAAAAUUUUAGUAUUCUCGAUACAAUCGAUAUAUCAAAUUGA